AAACAUUGUGCAAAGUUUUUUGACACCAGAACAACAACUGUAUGCAACUUCAAUGUGGAUAGUGAGUGACUUGCCGUUCGUGGAUCGUGAAAACACAAAAGUUUGUCAGAAGAAGAAUUAGUGAGAUUUAGCUCAGAAUACAAUGGGUCAAAAUCAAUCUGGUGCGGGUAGUGGAGACAAGAAGGAUGACAAGGAUAAGAAAAAGAAAUAUGAACCUCCAAUUCCGACUCGUGUCGGCAAAAAGAAGCGGAAGGCUAAGGGGCCAGAUGCUGCGAUGAAGCUCCCACUAGUAACGCCUCAUACUCGUUGCCGUUUGAAGCUGCUGAAAUUGGAACGCAUAAAGGAUUACUUGUUGAUGGAAGAGGAGUUCAUUCGCAACCAGGAACGUCUGAAGCCACAGGACGAGAAAAAUGAAGAGGAACGAUCCAAAGUCGAUGAUUUGCGUGGUACACCGAUGUCAGUCGGCAAUUUAGAAGAAAUCAUCGACGACAAUCAUGCAAUUGUCUCGACAUCCGUUGGCAGUGAACAUUACGUCAGCAUUUUGUCCUUUGUGGACAAAGAUCAAUUGGAGCCCGGCUGCUCAGUACUUUUGAAUCACAAAGUUCAUGCCGUUGUCGGUGUACUCAGCGACGAUACCGAUCCAAUGGUCACAGUAAUGAAAUUGGAAAAAGCUCCACAGGAAACGUAUGCAGAUAUCGGCGGUUUGGAUACACAAAUUCAGGAGAUCAAAGAAUCGGUGGAGCUUCCCUUAACACAUCCCGAGUACUACGAAGAAAUGGGCAUCAAACCGCCGAAGGGAGUCAUUUUGUAUGGCCAACCGGGAACCGGCAAAACGCUGCUAGCCAAAGCUGUGGCCAAUCAAACAUCCGCAACAUUUCUGCGCGUAGUCGGAUCGGAAUUGAUUCAGAAGUAUCUUGGCGAUGGUCCGAAAUUGGUGCGUGAACUGUUCCGAGUGGCCGAAGAGCAUGCUCCCUCCAUCGUAUUCAUUGAUGAAAUCGAUGCCGUUGGUACGAAACGAUAUGACUCGAAUUCGGGCGGUGAACGUGAAAUCCAGCGUACGAUGUUGGAAUUGUUGAAUCAAUUGGAUGGCUUUGAUUCGCGUGGUGACGUUAAGGUUAUCAUGGCCACGAAUCGUAUCGAAACGUUAGAUCCAGCAUUGAUUCGACCGGGUCGUAUCGAUCGAAAAAUUGAAUUUCCCCUGCCCGACGAGAAGACGAAACGGCGCAUUUUCACCAUUCACACGUCGCGGAUGACACUGGCUGAGGAUGUGAAUUUGAACGAACUGAUUAUGGCUAAAGAUGAUUUGUCCGGUGCGGAUAUUAAAGCAAUUUGCACCGAGGCAGGGCUGAUGGCAUUGCGUGAACGUCGAAUGAAAGUCACGAAUGAAGAUUUUAAGAAGUCAAAGGAAAGUGUCCUUUAUCGCAAGAAGGAAGGCACACCGGAAGGAUUGUAUCUUUAAGGUGGAUUUGAUGUUUCGUUCGUUGGAUGAUUUUUUUUGCUAAUAAAACUCUGGAGUAAUUUUUGCGACUAAA